AUGGCCAGCUCAACAGGAUCCCCCAAGGUCGACGCCGCCGUUCAGAAGGCCCUCGCCGCCGUCCCCUCCAACCCGACCGGCAUCGAUCUCUAUUCCAGAUUCGCCCUCGCUGGUGCCCUGUGCUGCUCUGUCACCCACGGAAGUCUCACGCCCGUCGAUGUCGUCAAGACCCGCAUCCAGCUCGACCCGGCAAAGUACAACACCGGCCUGGUCGGCGGCUUCAAGAAGGUCGUUCAGAGCGAAGGAUGGCUCGCGCUGCUCACCGGCGCCGGCCCGACCUUCGCCGGAUACUUCCUGCAGGGCGCCUUCAAGUUCGGCGGGUACGAGUUCUUCAAAGCCCAGGCUGUCAACAACCUCGGCUACGAGACCGCCUCCAAGAACCGGACCGCCGUCUACCUCGCUUCGGCCGCCUCGGCCGAGUUCUUCGCCUCCAUCGCCCUCUGCCCCCUCGAGGCCACCCGUAUCCGCCUCGUCUCUGACCCCACCUACGCCAACGGCCUGAUCGGCGGCUUCUCUAAGAUCUUGCGCACUGAGGGCCUCGGCGCCUUCUACGCCGGAUUCGGGCCUAUUCUCUUCAAGCAGAUCCCGUACACCAUGGCCAAGUUCGUCGUCUACGAGAAGGUCGCCGAGGCUGCCUUCCGCCGCUUCCCCAAGGAGACCCUCUCGGACCCCAUGCAGACCGUUGUCAACCUCGGCAGCGGUCUGAUUGCCGGUUUCGCCGCCGCCAUCGUGUCGCAGCCCGCCGACACCAUGCUCAGCAAGAUCAACAAGACCAAGGGCGCGCCCGGCGAGGGCACCGUCACCCGCCUGAUCAAGAUCGGCCGCGAGCUCGGCCUCCGCGGCUCGUACGCCGGCAUCGGCGCCCGUCUAUUCAUGGUCGGCACUCUGACUGCUGGCCAGUUCGCCAUCUAUGGUGACGUCAAGAAGUUAUUGAACGCGACCGGCGGUACCGAGAUUGGCAAAUAA